GAGUCUGGUCCCGCAGUUCGGACCGGAGCGGGUGGGGGGAGGAUGGUGCCUGACCGGAGGAACGUUUAUGUAGUGCUGGACGUGCUAUGCGUGUCUGUCGAUUAUCUCCUUUGUCUCAAAGAUCUCCGUCUCCUGUAGAAACAACUGCCAGUUUAGCUGGUAAAGCACAAAGGUUUCUCUGUUGCUAGAGAAAUGCUCUUUGAUUGCCAUAAGCAAUAAUGGACAAACGAUUAUAAAUGAAAUUAAGUUUAAAGCGUCCUUACCAUUUAUCAUCAUGUCAUUGGUGAACUCUCCAUACAAACGGGGAUUUUAUUGCAAUGAUGAAUCAAUCAGCUACCCAUAUCGUGAGGACACUAUUACUAAUGGGCUGAUGGCUGGAGUCACGAUCUCCUGCACCGUAAUCAUUAUAACAUCUGGUGAGAUGUACAUGGUAUUUUCCAAGAGAUUGUACUCACGCUCAGAGUCUAAUAAUUAUAUUGCUGCUCUGUACAAAGUUGUGGGGACAUAUCUUUUUGGGGCUGCUAUUAGCCAGUCUUUAACAGAUCUCGCAAAGUACAUGAUUGGCCGCCCCAGACCAAACUUCCUUGCCGUCUGCAACCCUGACUGGUCCACUGUCAAUUGCUCGGCAUAUGUUACAGAUUUUACCUGUCGUGGUAAUUACGCCAAUGUCACAGAUUCCAGGCUCUCCUUUUAUUCAGGACACUCAUCCUUUGGAAUGUACUGCAUGUUAUUCCUAUCUCUGUAUGUUCAGGCUCGAUUGUGUGAGAAGUGGGCCCGACUCCUGCGCCCCACCAUACAGUUUUUCUUGUUGUCAUUUGCUCUUUAUGUGGGAUACACACGUGUCUCUGAUUACAAGCACCACUGGAGUGACGUUCUUGUGGGACUCCUGCAGGGAGCACUUGUGGCUACAUUUACCGUGCGUUACGUCUCUGAUUUCUUUAAGAUCAGACCUCCACUUCAAUGUACCAAGGACCCUCUUGAGAGCAAGCCAAGUCUACAGCUUAGUGAAUCGGACCAGAAUCAUUUUGGAUACCUUGGAGGAUCCUGAGACCCUUUUUAAGCUCCAUCUAUCGCCAAACUGCACCAUCCACCUUUUUGAGGCUAGAUAAGGCUCAUGGUCUCUGCUCGGGCAGCUCAUGGACUGAAUGAACAUGUUUCUACCGGUAGAAAGAUGUUCAUAGUUUUCAGAACUUGCAAAUUAAUUUUUAUUUUACAGCACAAAUUACCAAAGUAAUUUUUUUAAACUCUGCUCCUUUUGUCUUGUUGUGAGUGUCCCGCAUAGUGACUGUUUGUGAAGAGUGUGACUGAAGGUCUACACAUACUGUGUAUAUGUUCAGAUUUUUGUACCGGCUUUGAGUGACUGUGUGCAUGAAUAUUCUUGACUGGAUCACACUAGCCAGGAUCAUAGUGCCAGCCUGUGGUUGGCAUUGUUUGGGCCCUUUUGGUAGGAGGAGAGGCCAGUACUUGCAUCUUGAGUUGUAAGAAUCAAUUUGUCCUCCCUGUCCUAAUUUUACAUGAGAAAUGCCCUAUUACCACUUUAAUUGAUUAUCUAUUUACCUGUUUGUCUGUGUCCUGCUUCCUAACCACUGCUCACCACCUCUUGGUUUUCAGGGGGUUAAAAGGAGAUCCUUUUGGAACUACCACAUGUGCCUUAAUGGGGAGAGUAUAGGAUGAGCACCUCCCAAAGAUUCCUUGUAAAUAGUGAUUCAAAAGGUUUUGCUGUGUGUGUAAAUAACACUCUUGAGUCUGUGUUCAAUUAACAGUUUUCUCCUGUGUCGUCUGGCAUUCACACAGGAUAACCUUUUUUUGUUACCAGCUUUUGCCACAGGUAUGGACCUGUCUUCUGAUAUGUCUUCAAUCCAAAAUAAUGAUGUUCAGUAGGCUUCACGUCUUAAAACCCAACACAUGACCUGUUCACUUCAAAAAUAUUUGCAGCCUCCUCUUUAAUGGUUUCUUCCUUUUCUGCGGCCAUUAAUUGGGCCUAGAAAAAAAAAGUAGGUCACCAACUCCAUUUUUAUUGUAUUAGUGACACUAAGGGGCAGAUUUAUCAAAAUGUGAGUUUAGAUUUUAAUAAAUAAAAACUCACCUACGUUCUAUUCCAUCCUAUGGGAUUUUUGGAAGCAUAUUUAUCAAAUGGUGAGUUCUAACAUCUACCCAUUGAUAAAUAUGCCUCUUAAAAUUCCGUAGGAAAGAAUAGAACAUGGGUGAGUUUUUAUUAAUUAAUAUCUAAACUCACAUUUUGAUAAAUCUGCCCCUAAGAGAAUCUUUUCUAGAAAAUAUGUGCCAACACACAGACCUUAGAGGAACUUGUCUAAAUACAUCUUCUGUAAUUAAUGCUUUUUUAUUGAAUAAUAUAAGAAUAAACUGCAGUGGCAGUGGGGGGAAUACAGAACCCACUUCCAUGACUCUCA